GCCGGGGCCAGGGCCGGGGCCGGGGCCGUGCGGCCAGAGGAGGAGAAGAAAGAGGUGGGCAGGCGGGGGGCCCUCCUCGCUGGUCCCCCGCGCCGCGCCCAUGAACGGGCUGCCGGGGAGCCCUGCGUCUGCACCCGCACCCGCACCCUCGGGUUGCCCGCUGGAAGGGCUCCCGCCGCUGCCCCGGGGGCUCAGCGGCCUCCUUAACUCGAGCGGAGGCUCGUGGCGGGACCUGGAGCGCGUCUACAGCCAACGAAACCGUAUUCAGGACGAACUGAGUAGGGCUGGCCGCGCCCCCGAGGGGCCCCCGCAACCCCCGCGCCGCCCAGCCAACCUGGACUCGGCGCUGGCAGUGCUGCGGAAGGAGAUGGUGGGCCUGCGCCAGCUCGACAUGUCUCUGCUGUGCCAGCUGUGCUCCCUGCACGAGUCCAUCCAAGACUACAAGCACCUGUGCCAGGACAUGAGCGUCUGCCAGGACAUGUCCUCGUCCCUGCACUCGGACAGCUCUUACCCUCCGGACACUGGCUUCUCGGAUGAUGACGACGAGCCGCCGGACUGCAGCCUUCCCCGGGACCCGCCCCCCCUCAGAGUGCCCCAGACUCAUAAUUCCCGGGACAAGUGGCUCCAGGACUCAUUCAGUCUCUGAGGACAGGCCCCGGUCCCUGGUGCCCUCUGGAGGCCCAGCGAAGCCGGCUCCGGCCCGCCUGUCUCCCCCUCCCCCAACGCACCCCGGGGCGCGCACACACACACACGCACACACCUCUCCCCUCUUUCUCCCGGAGCUCGGGCUCCGCUUUCACUGUGCUAGUUACGGGAAUGGCUGGCGCCCUUGGGUGGGAGAAGCUGGUUCCCUCCCUCCCUCCCUCCCUUCUCUUUCAGGCGUCUCUCAGAGCAGAAAAAGGGACUCAGAAGAGAUCCAGGCUCCAGUUUAUUUCCCGGCCACUGGGGGAUUGCCCCCCCUCUCUCCCCCCUCCCCCGCUGCACCUCCAGGCCUCCCAGGCCACUAGAUAAGCUCAGCUCCUCGGAGGCCGCUCGCUCGGGCAAGGGGGAGGAGCAUCCGAGGGAGUUCAUCUUUGGCACCUCGGACAGAUCCCCAAAGCCUCCCCGCCGCCGCCAGGCAGCCGGAACCCGGAUCCAAGGGGAAGCUCGCUGGCUCUGCUAGAGGGGCAAAUCGCAUGGCUAAGGGCUCGCCUCCACAAUCCGUUGAACGCUGCCCCCAGUAGGAGUAGCGGCCAGCAAGCCGUAGGGUCAUGGAUAGCGCGGGCUCGGCCCCCCACCGCGCAGUGGGGAAGGCCGAAUAUGGCACCUAUCGGGGCCCUGGCCCGGCGCCCACAAAUAAACGGCUCUUAUCUCUGCUCA